UUCCUUUUUCCUUAUUGUCUCCGUGUCUCUUAUGUUGUAUUUGCAUUUGUUUCUUACAGAGAUGAUCCUGAACUAGACAAAAUGUUUAAGGAGAGAUUAAGGUGGGGUGAUCCCAUGGCACAUCUAGUAAAGAAAAAAUAUCCAGAGCCUGUUCUUCCAAACUUGGGGGAGAAUGAGAAGAUGAAAGAAUCAGGCUUUGUAGUCCCACAGGAUAUUCCAAAUCACAACUGGUUAAAAAGAGGUUUAGACGCCGCACCAAAUCGGUAUGGAAUAAGACCCGGACGACAUUGGGAUGGUGUUGAUCGCAGUAAUGGGUUCGAGAAGGAUAUGUUUAAGAGAACAAAUGAGAGACAAGCUAGAGAUAGAGAAGCUUAUCUUUGGUCCGUCUCUGAUAUGUGAAAAGUGGCAGUACAAUUACACAAGAGUAUUAAGGAAUGUGAUGCUGACAUGUCCAUAGGAAAAUUAUUGAAAAGAUGUAUCUAUCUUAGAAAAUCUCCAUUUGGUUUGAUCAGCAUUGUGAUAUUUUCGAGUUUUUGAGAGGUUAUCACAUUGUUGUUCCAUGUAAUUUAGAUCAUUUUUCACUACUGUAGUUUGAAGAUGACUGUCUUUCUCGAGUU